AUGACAAGAGUGGGAUUCGAACCCACGCCAUCUUACGAUGAUCAGGAAGCUGUGAAGCUGGGUAUUAAGGACCUUCAUAUCUCACAGCUCAUCUGCUUGGUUCCGUUCAGCUUCAGCUCUCCCGUCGGCAGGCGACGGGUAGUCUCAUCUAAUGAUUAUCAUCUCGCCUUUGCAUUGCCGCGCAAUACUGAUGGCAACCCAUUUCUCAGUUACCGUACCGUGCUCGUGUGUGAAAGCAUAGGGUACGGCCCGGAUAUAUUUUAUGACCACUGCAGUCGUGAUACUUGUAGUAAAGCCGACCACAUCAUCACACCCAGCAACUAUCACCAUGUGCCACUAGUGUUUGAGAGGCUGUCAGAUACUAGCAGCAACGUACGAGAAGAGCACCACAAUUCAGACUACACCCCAUCUCCCCGUGCGACAGAAGUAGGCAGUCACCUAUUACUAGUAGUACCAGUACAUCUUUACCCCGCAAGUGGUAUGCGAAUUCUUAGCACACCAACUAUUAAUUGCUACUAUUCCCCAUGUUCAUGA